UCUGACAGCAGUGGUUGCAAUUUGUUUUUGGUGGGGUGAAGAAAGGAGAGCGCUGUCAGUGAGCAAAUAGAGGUUAUUAUUGUUUUGGUGAUGGUGAAAUGCAGUAAAAAUAGAGAAAUCGAAUCAAAUCUAACGAUAGAAACGAUGUCGUGCUGAGAAUAAGGGUGGGAGUAACGAAAAUGUUUAGGAGCAGAAGUUGGUUCGGCGGUGGCUGGGGCAGGCCAAAGAAUCCCCAUUCGUUGGAGCACCUCAAGUACCUGUACAAUGUCCUGUCCAGGAAUCAGACUGUCUCUGAGCACAAUCGGGGACUUCUGGUUGAAUCGCUCAGGUCCAUAGCGGAGAUCCUCAUCUGGGGUGACCAGAAUGAUUCAUCAGUAUUCGAUUUCUUCUUGGAGAAGAAUAUGUUAUCAUUUUUCCUCCGUAUCAUGAGACAACGCAGCGGCGGCUCCAGCUUCGUGUGCGUGCAGCUAUUGCAGACAUUGAACAUUCUAUUUGAAAAUAUCAGGAAUGAAACCUCAUUGUAUUACUUAUUAUCAAAUAAUCACGUGAAUUCGAUCAUCGUACACAAAUUCGAUUUCUCCGACGAGGAGGUCAUGGCCUACUACAUAAGUUUCCUGAAGACGCUCAGUUUGAAGUUGAAUGCUCACACGAUACACUUCUUCUAUAAUGAGCAUACGAACGACUUUCCAUUGUAUACGGAAGCAAUAAAGUUCUUCAAUCAUCCGGAGUCGAUGGUGAGGAUAGCGGUGAGGACGUUGACACUGAACGUGUACAAAGUGGAAGAUGCCAGUAUGCUGGGUUUCAUACGGGACAGAACGGCGGCCCCGUACUUCUCCAACAUUGUCUGGUUCAUAGGGAAACAUAUCCAAGAGUUGGACGCGUGCGUUAGGAACGAUGCAGAUCAUCUGAGUCAAAAUCGACUUGCCGAUUUGGUGGCCGAGCAUCUGGACCAUCUGCAUUACCUCAACGAUAUCCUCUGUUUAAAUAUCACCGAUUUGAAUCAAGUGCUCACCGAUCAUCUACUGCACAAGCUGCUCAUCCCGUUGUACAUUUACUCGCUCUGCUCGCCGCCACCGACGACGUCCGUGCGACGAGUAGUCGAGGGAACGCCCACCUCCUCGCCACGCCUCGAACCGCUGACCAAUGGAAAAGUCAGCUGCGUCGUUGCGCUCUUCCUCCUAUCUCAGGUAUUUCUGAUCAUAUCGCAUCCGCCACUCAUCCAGACGUUGGCCUGGAUCAUCCUGAAAACGGAUAGAAGCACGUUCGUGAAAGGCGUAGACAAGUUACUGGAGCACUACGAGACCGAGAUCCGCGGUGCCACAUCCCAAAACGAUGUAGCCUCCUCGUCGGACGUCGAAGAGGUCGAUUGCACGAACGUCACCGAUGAGGAGAAGCAGCGGAUGGCAACGACACCAGGCGAUUGCUCCAUCUGCGAGAAACCCUUCUUAGAGAUCGUCUUCAACGCAUUGGAUUGCGUCGAAAACGAUUAUGCAGCCCUAUUCGCUCUCAGUCUACUUUACGCGAUGGCAAACAACAAAGGUGUCACGCCCGAUCUUAUCGAGCACGUGCUGAGACCGAAGAAGUCGGUGGUCGCAUCGAAGGACAUAAAAUAUUCUUACAGCAAUUCCAUCGUGGAUCGCAUCUUGCACAUAGUUCUCCUAUCGUGUCAGCCCGCGUGCCGCGUCCGUUUGGUGACAUUGGAGCUGGGCCUGAAGUUGCUGGCGCAGUUGGUCAUGUGCGACGGGAAAAACAUCCUUGCAGAAUCGCACAGAGCCUCGAUCGAGAGCGCCCGUUCACAGAGCACCGCCUUCCUCCGCAACUUUUACAAAUCCGAGGAGAUUUUCCUGGACAUGUUCGAACAUGAGUAUUGCGACAUGUCCAAAGCAUCUCUGAACGUGGAAUGGCUGUGCAUGGACAGUGCAAUUCUGCUGCCUCCAACCGGAACACCACUCACUGGAAUUGAUUUUACCAAGAGAUUACCCUGCGGCGAGGUUGAGAGAGCAAAGAGGGCAAUACGCGUGUUCUUCUUGGUCCGCGAGACGGUGCUGAUGUUGAAUGGAGAGCUGGAAACGCAACUGCCUUUGACGAAUCCGCAGAGCUGCGUGCAGAUCGAUCAAGCCUUGGACCUGAGUAUAGCUCGUUAUAACUCUGAUCUGAUUGCGUGCACGGUGGCCCUGAAAGAUGGACAGAAGAUUAGAAGGUUCUUGGUCAUAGAUAUACUGCAGCUGAUAUUGGUUGAACCGGACACGAAGAGGUUGGGCUGGGGUGUGGCCAAAUUGGUCGGCUUCCUGCAGGACAUCGAGGUCACCGGCGACAAGGACGAUUCCCGUUGCUUACAUAUCACUAUACACCGCCCACUCAGCAACAGCACAGCCAAUCGGGUGCCGCAGCUCUCGGCCAAGUUCAGCUUCGACGACAACAUCCGCUGCAUGGCGGCCAAACAGAGACUCACCAAAGGGCGGAUCAAGGCGCGACAAAAGAAGAUGCAGCACAUCGCAAGACUUUUGGAUAUUCCUGGGCAGUCGGGACCGCCUAGUCCGGCGUACGUCGGUGCUGGAAUCUACACGAAUCGCGGUCGUGGUUCGAGGGAGAACCGCCCCCUCUUCCAAACGGGUCGCGUACCCGGAUUCGCGGCGCCGCGACGCGACUGCACCACCGGCGUCGUCCAUCGCAUCGACGCGGACAGACGCCGGAGGGACCACGAGAGUCCCAGCAGAGUCGCAAUGUCGAACGCCAAAAAAGAUACAGGCGCCACGCCGAAAUCCCGAGAGCAUUCCACUUCGAGGGGCGGUAGCAAAUCCCGUGAGGGUAGUCCGAGGAUGCCGCGGCCUCGCUCCGAAGAGAUUCCAUUGGAACUGAUCAAAAAGGCACCGCCGUCAUCAUCCGCGACGACGCUCAUCGAUAUGAGCCCGAAGGUGCCGCGUCCUCUAACCCCAAGACCCAUGGAACCGCCCACCGUCAGCGUCGUCGCCUUACCGACCGUAUCUACGUCCAGCGAAUCCGGACCGAAGACGCCCGACGUUGCCUCCAUCACCAGCGAGGAGACCUCCUUCAUCGCCGAAAACGGAAGCGCCACGCCCACACGCAAAAAGGGCGCCGUCGAAACGGUUUAAUCAUCAACAACAACAACAAAAAAGACUAUUUUUAAUAUAUGAACCGUUGAGGGUUGUUUGUUAAUAAAAUAUUGAAAAUAACAUGAGAAAGAGAACGGUGCGUUACCGUUCGUUAAUGAAAUAUCCGUUACGUUAAUUUAUUAGAUUGUAUUUUUUAAGGAAAUUGAGAAAGGUUUUUAAAUAUUUGAUCGUUGAAGCGGCCCUGUGUUUCAAUUC